AUGCGCGCGGACCGCGCCGCGCUGCUCGCGUGGCUCGUGUGCUGCGCCGUUGCCCUGCCCGCGCACAAAUACAGCACGCGCCUCGUGCGCACCAAGUAUGGCCCGCUGCGCGGCAUCGUCGUGCACUCGCACCCGCAGGUCGAGGCCUAUCUCGGUGUUCCCUACGCCACGCCACCUCUCGGAAGCCUCAGAUACAUGCCACCGGUGACGCCAUCGCAGUGGCGCACGACGCGGCUGGCGGACUCGGUGGGGCCAGCGUGCCCCCAGGCGCCACCUGCCGCCACACCGCACGAAGACGCGCUGCUGCUGCACCCGCGCGCGCGCAUCCGGCACCUCGAGGCGCUCCUGCCUCUGCUCGCUAAUCAAAGCGAAGACUGCCUCUAUGUUAAUCUUUAUGUUCCUACUAACGGGGCAGAGGAUGGCGUGGAGGGCGAGGGGCUGCCGUGCGUGGUACUCGUGCACGGCGAAUCGUACGAGUGGGGUGCUGGCAACGCGUACGACGGUACCGCGCUCGCCGCGCACGGCAAUAUCAUCGUCGCCACCAUCAACUUUAGACUCGGGGUAUUGGGUUUUUUAAAGACCGGUGCUAGAGGGUCGGCGCAGGGUAACUUCGGGCUGAUGGACUUGGUGGCGGGGCUGCACUGGCUGCGGGAGAACCUACCCGCAUUCGGUGGUGACCCCCAACGCGUCACGCUCAUGGGACACGGCACCGGAGCAGCUCUUGCUAACUUUCUAGCGGUCUCACCUGUUGGAAGAGAGCUACUGAAGCGCGUCAUCUUGUUAAGCGGGUCGGGUUUGAGCUCUUGGGCGCUGCAGAGAGAACCGCUCACGAUAAAAAGAAAGGUAGCGGAGCAAACAGGCUGUCACGGUGACUUGUUGGAAGAUGACUUAGCGCCCUGCCUUCGAAAGCUUCCCCUUUCUGCACUCCUGGCGGUGCGACUCGAUCCCCCCAGAUUUCUGCCAGGCUUCGCGCCUUUCGUUGACGGAACUGUUAUUGUAAAUCCAUCAUCGGCUCCACCCCCUACGGAUAACUCAAGAUUGGGUGCGGGCGCGGCGGCUGUGGCCAAUGCCGCAGGACAUGAACUGGCAGACUUUUCUCACAGAGAACUGCUUUUUGGGCUUACGACAACAGAAUCUUACUUGGAAUUCAAUGCUCAAGACUUGGAGUUCGGUUUUAACGAAACUCGACGGGACCGUAUUCUGCGUACAUUUGUUCGUAACGCCUACUAUUAUCAUCUUAAUGAAAUUUAUUCUACUUUAAAAAACGAGUACACGGAUUGGGAUAAACCCGUUCAGAACCCUUUGAGUGUACGCGACGCGACCCUCGAGAUUCUCAGUGAUGGGCGUACCGCAGCGCCUUUGAUACGACUAGGCUAUUUACAUGCUCUGCGAGGUGGAACAACUUAUUUUACACAUUUUCAUCACCUUUCUCAAGAUAAAGAUUAUCCACAGCGACCGGGCUCCGUGCACGGCGAAGAAUUACCAUAUUACUUGGGAGUUCCGUUCUCUCAGACUCAUCAUCAGAACUUCUCGCAGCAGGAACAGCGCGUCUCGAAGAUUUGCAUGCAUUAUAUCUCUAACUUCGUAAGAUACGGUAAUCCCAACGACCCAUCGGCUACGCCUCCUCCGAGUUCGUUAUUAGGGGAGACACCUCGUCUCGGGCCCGAUCAAAUGCUAUAUUGGGACACGUAUGACACAAUUAAUCAGCUCUAUAUGGAAAUCGGUAAUAAACCGGAGAUGCGGAAUCACUAUCGAGGACACAAAAUGUCUCUGUGGCUGUCGCUCAUACCGCAACUUCAUCGGCCUGGCAACGACUUACCGGACGCCGCUAUGCGUCACCAUCACUUCCAAGACGACAAUGCUAAUUAUUAUGAAGGUGCAGUGAGACCACAAUCAAUAUCAAGGGCACACAUUCCACAUGUCGUUAAUGUUGACAACCCUGGCCGCGGAGAAGGUCGCAGUACGCCUUCUUCUCGCUCAGCUCAGCCGAAACCUUCCCCCUCCCCGCCGGUCAUAUCUACUGAGUGCCCGCCGAACGCAACCGUCACACCGGUGCACCCGGACGAUGCUCUACUCCGCCGACUGGCAUCGUCUCAUUACCAGUCUUACACGGCCGCGCUCACUGUAACGAUCGCAGUCGGAUGCUUCCUUCUGUUGCUAAAUGUGUUAAUAUUUGCCGGAAUUUAUCACCAACGCGGAUCACGACCGAGACGUUCGAAAGAUGACCUGGGCGAGGCAGGCAGUUCGUCCUCCUCGGACAAUUAUGAUGCGAAAUUAGAUUAUGAAAUUCGUGCUUACGACGGAAAAGGGUUCGGCUUCGAUUGUAAGUCGGCUCACGUGUCACGAAGUUUAAGUUCUAAAUAUGAUUUACGGACGUUAUCUGAUUGUGGAGAACCCACGUUUGGGGAGUACAGUUGUUACGAUGAAAAACAUCGAGCCGCUUGUAAUUCUUUACCGGACGUCAGUGUCGGCAGUGCGAUAGAAGCGGGAAGUGUUGUGUGUAUCGAUACACAAAAACCGGAUAUACAAAAAGUGGAAGGACGAAUGCAGCCGGAUCCAAUAGGCAGAACGAGUACAUUUGAACCACGCGUUGUAGAUAGUUCAACACAAGUCAAAUUCGGGCCUGUGCCAGAUUCCGAGCUCACAUCAGAUUCUAAUGGAGACUCUGAAACUGGGGCUGGAGGUUCGGGAAUUUUGAGAGCUCCGCCAGCAAAUUCGACCCCGGUGCCGCCAGGAAUUAUGAAGAAGAGGGUACAGAUACAGGAAAUAUCUGUAUGAGAUUUUCUCACUACCCCUGAGGUGGUUAUUAACAAAAGGACAAAAUUGUGAAUUUAUCAGCCUAAUUAAUAAUGUAUAUACUAUGACUAUUAUUACGAAAGUGUAAAGUUAUGUGUAAAUAUUGUAUACAAAUUAUUUAUAGUGCGAACGAGCAGCAAAAUUUUAAAUUAUGUUGAACCUUGCCAGUGAACGAGUUGUAAAUAUAUAUAUAGUUGUGGAGGUUACAAUAUUCUAGUCGUAUGAGGUAGGAUCGAAUAUAAUGAAAUAUAUGUUAACAACAGAUUUUCGUUGUUCUAAAUUUAUUCUGCCAUAUUAAUUACGUGAACGUUAAUUACAUGUACCUAUAUAAAUUAUUCACACGUUUAUUCUAUUUGUUACUCGAUUCCUAUCUUUGAUA